UUGUUGGUCUUUCUCUCUUUCUCUUUCUCUCUGCAGCAAAACCCGAGGGAGACCAAACCAAACAUAAUAAUAAACUCAAAUAAACCAAAAAAAACAAAAACCUUAAAACCUUCAAUUUCAUUUCAUGUCUCGGAUCCUGUGAUUCGGAUCUUCAAAACCCGAUAAUUCACCUCUCUCCUUCGAUCCGGUUCAGAAAUCAUGACCCGUCGUUGUUCUCAUUGCAGCCACAAUGGGCACAACUCAAGAACCUGUCCAAAUCGUGGUGUGAAGCUGUUUGGAGUAAGAUUAACCGAUGGGAUCCGGAAAAGUGCUAGUAUGGGUAAUCUUAGCCACUAUAGCGGGUCCGGGUCUGGACUUUUGAAUACCGGGUCAAAUACUCCUGGUUCACCUGGUGAAAACCCUGAUCAUGGUGCUGAUGGCUAUGGUUCUGAGGAUUUUGUUCCUGGUUCUUCUUCUACUUCCCGUGAAAGAAAAAAGGGCACUCCAUGGACUGAGGAGGAACAUAGAAUGUUUUUACUUGGAUUGAACAAGCUGGGCAAAGGUGAUUGGCGUGGAAUUGCCAGGAACUAUGUUAUAUCAAGGACACCUACUCAAGUGGCCAGUCACGCUCAAAAAUAUUUCAUCAGGCAAAGCAAUGUGUCUAGGCGAAAGAGACGGUCCAGCCUGUUUGAUAUUGUUGCAGAUGAUGCACCUGAUACUUCAAUGGUACCGCAAGACUUCUUGUCAGCUAAUCAACUACAAACUGAAACAGAAGGCAAUAACCCUUUGCCUGCUCCUCCUCCGCUCGAUGAAGAAUGUGAAUCGAUGGAUUCUACAAACUCAAACGAUGGAGAGUCUGCCUCUGCCCCAUUAAAGCCCGACAGCAAUGCACAAGCGUCGGCUUACCCAGUAGUAUAUCCGGCAUAUUAUUCUCCAUUCUUCCCUUUUCCUCUUCCCUAUUGGUCUGGAUACAGUCCUGAGCCGGCUCCUAAGAAAGAAACACAUGAAGUGGUGAAGCCAACCCCAGUACAUUCCAAGAGCCCAAUCAAUGUCGAUGAACUCGUUGGCAUGUCAAAACUGAGUUUAGGUGAAACUAUUGGUGAUGCUGGCCCCUCGACUCUGUCUCGUAAACUACUCGAAGAAGGUCCGUCUAGACAGUCUGCUUUUCAUACAACUCCAGCUUGUGGGACUGUUCUGUGAGCAUUAUUAUCAUGAUGUGGUCUUGUGUAAUUCAUCAAAUAUACUUGGUUUGGGAUAACCUUAAUAAUUUUUUACUUGCCCUUCCAGAAUGGUUAACCUAGUUUGUUUGUUUGUUCGCUUGUAGGCAGUAGCAUCUAGUAUUUACUUGGGUUUAAUUAAAACUUGAUGUUUGUUUAGUAGUUUUCAACUUUGCAUUUCUCAGGGUUAUGUGAAGCUUGAUUGUGCAGUUUGACAAUCUACCAAGUUGUGCUUCCAAUUUGAGUGUUGUCAAAAAGUUAGGACUAUUACUUUUCCUACCCUAUCAUUUUCUCA